GAUAUGUACCUUAAUAACUAACCAGAACAAUGGAAAGCACAGGGAAAGCAAAUAAAAAGGAUAUGCAAGAUGUGCCACAAAGGGAAGCCAAACUGCCCAUCAGUGAAGCGCUUCUAGACUACCACUGUCAAAUAAAGGAAAAUGCAGUAGAAAGACUCAUGUUUCAAAUAAAGAAGCUUAGGGAAAAGAACCAGAAGUAUCAUGAAAGGAAUGGGCGCUUAAAGGAGGAACAGAAUUGGCACAUAAAGAACCUACUAAAGGAACUGAGUGAGGAUAAGUCAGACAGAUUACCAGUUGUAACGAGAGAGGAUGUUGAAGAAGCAAUGAAGGAAAAAUGGAAGUUUGAAAGAGACCAGGAAAAAAACUUGAGAGAUAUGCGCACACAAAUAGGUAAUGCUGAGAAACUGUUUCUUGAGAAACUCAGUGAAAAGGAAUAUUGGGAAGAGUACAAGAAUAUAGGGAGUGAACAACAUGCUAAACUCAUUACAUCCUUGCAAAAUGACAUCAAUACAGUUAAAGAGAAUGCAGAGAAAAUGUCAGAACAGUAUAAAAUUACUCUGGAAGAUACUAGAAAGAAAAUAAUCAGAGAAACUUUGGUGCUACUGGACCAAAAGAAGGAAUGGGCUGCGCAGAAUGCUGUAAAGUUAAUUGAUAAAAACAGUUAUCGAGAGAUCUGGGAGAAUGAUUGGCUGAAAAAAGAGAUUGCAAUUCACAGGAAGGAAGUUGAAGAAUUAGAAAAUAUUAUUCAAGAACUGGAAGAAGAAAAUUUGGUGCUUAUUGAUCAACUGUUCAACUGUAGACUUGUGGAUCUUAAAAUACCCAGGCGACUGUAUCUUACUCAAGCAACUGGGCAGGAAUUGUCACCUGAAGAAAAGCCUUUGGAAUUUGCAGAACCAUUUAUAGAAGACAAGACAAAAAAGCAACCCACAGAAAGUGGAGACAUGCUGAGCUCAUCAUUUGGGAGCAGUCUUCUCCAUCUCAGUCAUGAAGAUAGUAUCAGAGAUGACCAGCAUCUAAAGAUAAGGGAAGAGGACACCUUAUGCACAGAGUUUGGAGACUCUCAUGUGAAAUAUUUACUAUAUGAAGAUGAGCAGGAUUUCAAGGAUUUUGUAAACUUGGGCCCACUGUCCGUGAAGCUCAUGAGUGUGGAGAGCAAGAAAAUGUCUAUUCAUUUUCAAGAAAAGGAGAGUCCAGUCAAAUUCUUUGAAGAUGUCAGUUACCCAGAAAGUUGCAUCACUUAUAAGAUGAUGAAGUCUUUUCUCUAAGACUGAAAGUUGCAAAGUAAAAAAUUUUCCUUAUAAAUGCUUUGGGAGUUGAAGUACCAGUUGCCCAUUUUACUUAGUUACACUUUGGUCCAUUUUUAAACUUAUCUCUAAAGGUUAUAAUUGUAGUUAAAAUCAAAUUUCAAGUAUUCAGUCAUUUAUUUGCAUAGCAUUAAUGUCAAAAAUCAAAGUACACUUUGUAUUUCUACACUGAAGUACUGAGAACCAUGACAUUGAAUUUAAAGUGGUCUUUGAGGUUCCUUCCCACUUAAAAACUCACUGAUUAACCUAUGACUCCAACAUGAACUAGAUCAAUUAGAAAUGUUUCUAAGAAAAAUUUCAAGGUUUGCAUAGCAUUGAUUAUACAUAUUUCCUUGUUAGGGUGCUGAGAAGCCAGUCUAUAAUUCAAGCCUAUUCUUUAACCCUACUUAUAAUGAAUAUUAAAAAUUUAGAUACAAGUGAGGGAGUUUAUUUACUUUUUUUAAAUAAUCCAUUAAUAGGGGGAUCUUCCCCUCAACAGCUAUAUGGAGUCCAAACUGCUGAGUCCCUACCCAAGGCAAUCACCACUUCCCUCUGUAGGUACCAUAAGCCACAUGUAAUGUGACAUUGCACUCCUUGGAUCAUCAAGAGUAGAUACUAACACUAAGUGCCAUGUUUCUGUAAUCCUUAGUGAUGUAAAAAAUAAACCCCUCCAGUCAUCAAUGGGAGAUAUUAUUAACAUUUUGGGUAAGAACAAUUGUGUGUUCCUAGUUCCUCAAUCUUAAAUGCUGCUAACAACACACUCCUUAGUUACUAAAGUCAAAAAUACCGACUGAUUCAGUUUCCCCUGGUGUGGGGUGAAUAGUACCAAAGAACCAACAACAAUUGAAUACCAUUAAGUGUCUGUUCAAUCCCCAUUGUGUUCAGUUUUCCUGUCCCUUUCUACUAUCUUCCAAGUAGCCCUAUAAAACAGUAGUAAACAAAUACCAUUGUUGAAAGUUUCCUUUACUCUGUGGUGGUCUUGACUGGCACCUGACCUUGACUGAUGCCUGGUUCUUCAUUUGUACUUCUUUCAAAUGGAUGGUAUUUAUUCUUCUAUUCCUCCACAUUUUCUAAUGUCCAUAUAAUUUCACCAGCU